GGCCAGGUAGCCCUGGAAAGGGCCUGGCGGGAGCGGGUCGGGCCCCUGGGCGGGAACGUGGGUCUCCCAGCCGGGCGGCUGGCGGAGCCAGCGAAAUGCCGCGCCCACGCUCUCUCCUCCGCGCUGGGAAUGGCCAGGAGGUCUCUGAUGGUCGGCGGCAGGAGCCACUCCGCGAGGCGCCUACCUCGCGCGCGCUGCAGCUGCACGGUCCUGGCUCUCACGGAGUUGGCCUCCCAGACCUCGGGGGUAGUCGCAGGGCUCUUAAGAGAGCCCAGACGCUAACCCGGGUUUCAGCGGGAAACCCAGCCUGCGGGGAAUUGCAGGGCCUCCACUACAACCGGGUGGCUGCGCCUGACCCCUGGAAUUAAAAUCUGCACCAGCCCGUUCUACCCAGUUGUGAGGGCCAGGAUCCCCACAAUUGAUUAUUAAAAUGAGUCUUCGGAAGCAAACCCCUAGUGACUUCUUAAAGCAAAUCAUCGGACGGCCAGUUGUGGUAAAAUUAAAUUCUGGAGUGGAUUAUCGAGGGGUCCUGGCUUGCCUGGAUGGCUACAUGAAUAUAGCCCUGGAGCAGACAGAAGAAUAUGUAAAUGGACAACUGAAGAAUAAGUAUGGGGAUGCGUUUAUCCGAGGAAACAAUGUAUUGUACAUAAGUACGCAGAAGAGAAGGAUGUGAAGACUCCACAAGAGCAACACUUUUCAUAGUUGGAUAUAUUUUUUAUGAAAUUUUUUUCUAUAUUUUGGUUCUUUCAUGGUAUGAUUUGUAAUGUUUUUAUAAUAAUUGGCAAUUUUUUGUUGAUUUAUGAGUAAGAUAAAUGUAUAAAAUUGUGGAUGUAAUUUCACAUUUAAGUUUCAGUCAUUUUCUUUUACCUCUGUGACAGUGUACAGAAUGCUAAAAGAAUAAAAACAAAAUAAAAUCUUAUGUCUUUCUACAAGA